CACACAGCUACUCCGCCUCCUCGCCCUUUUCUCCUCAUCCCUCGCUUUCGCUUCGCCGUUCCAACGCGGAGCCCCCACGGAAAAUAAAGGCCAAGAAGUGAUGGUAGUGGAGUAAAACCACGCGUUGGAGGGCAGAGGGACAGGUUGGUGGAGGACGCGCACCCAGCGUGGAGAGCAGCAGGAGCUACGCGAAUUCGGGCCGCGAGUGCGCCGGUUCAGGUUGCCGCCGCCGGUGGAAUUGUGGCAGACGAGGUGGCCUGUUGGUAGCCGCGGGAGUUUGCGAGUAGGUCGGUUCCGGUUGGUGUGCGAGCGAAGGUGCUGUUGGAGGCGUGGAUCUGGCCGGCGGCGGGCGAUGGGAAGGAGGGACUAGGGCUCGAUUGGAGGGAAAGGCGCGAUCUUGGAGGUUCCCAUGGGCGGAUGCCUCUCGCAGGAGGAGCACCGGCUCCAGAGCAGGCCAGCUGAAGCUGCUGGAGCAGAUGGAUUGCGGAAGUCUAAAUCUGAUUCUAAAGCUGUAGCAAGUGUUCUUGCUCCUCCAAAAGAUGUGGUGGACCUGCAAGUAGAAGGAUAUGGAAAUGUGAAUAUUUUCACAUAUGACGAAUUAAGAGCAGCCACAAAAAACUUCCGGCCAGAUCAAAUUCUUGGAGAGGGUGGAUUUGGAGUUGUUUACAAAGGUGUAAUUGAUGAAAAUGUUAGAGCAGGUUUCCCAUCGAGACAGGUUGCUGUGAAAGAACUAAACCCAGAGGGCUUUCAAGGGGACAAGGAGUGGCUUGCAGAAGUCAACUAUCUUGGGCAACUUAGUCAUCCAAAUCUUGUUGAAUUGAUUGGCUAUUGCUGUGAGGGUUCACAUAGACUGCUUGUCUAUGAGUACAUGGCUUGUGGAAGCCUCGAAAAGCACCUUUUUCGCCGGGUUUGCCUUAAUAUGCCAUGGUCAACACGCAUGAAGAUUGCAUUGGGUGCUGCAAGGGGGCUCGAGUACCUUCACGGAGCUGAGAGAUCCAUCAUUUAUCGAGAUUUCAAGACAUCAAACAUCUUGCUAGAUGCGGAUUACAAUGCUAAGCUUUCAGACUUUGGUCUCGCAAGAACAGGUCCUAGUGGAGACCAAACCCAUGUGUCAACUCGGGUCAUGGGAACUUAUGGAUACGCAGCUCCAGAAUAUGUCAUGACUGGCCAUCUGACGGCACGAAGUGAUGUUUAUGGCUUCGGAGUGGUGCUUCUAGAGAUGAUUAUCGGAAGAAGGGCUGUGGACAAGAGCCGGCCAAGCCGUGAGCAUAACCUAGUUGACUGGGCACGGCCCCUCCUCGUCCAUAACAGGAAGCUGUUCCGAAUAAUCGAUCCGAGAAUGGAAGGGCAAUACUCCACCAAGGCUGCCACUGAGGUGGCAAGCCUUGCAUACCGCUGCCUGAGCCAGAACCCCAAGGGACGACCAACCAUGAGCCAAGUCGUCGAGACCUUUGAGGCCGUGCAGAACAUGCCUGAAUGCCAAGACAUACUCCUCCAGAACAGCAUCACAGGUGCCGUGACGCUCUAUGAGGUCCCCAAGGAGCCUGCAGACAGAGUUGAGCUGGAGAAGGCCAAGCAGGAACCGGCAGUAAAGAGCGCCGCGAUGCCGCCCAUGAACGGAAAGCCAGUCCCCCAGAGCAGGCGGACGCGGCCUGGGAAUGGCCGGAGCAAGAGCGAGCCAUCGUUGGAGUGCAAGAUGUACAUCCCGUCACCGGACUCUGAUGGACACCAGCUCGGCCUGGAGGCAGUCGCAUCCCCAGAUGGAAGCAUAAGGGACCCUCCUGAUGAGGAUUUGUACAAGAUAUAACACCAGGGCAGUUUUUCUUCAACAACGAGGGGCAGAUCUGGCGCAGUGUUGAGUUGUGGGUUUUCAAACCAGCCUCUUCGCAUUUAGGGAGGAAGAUUUGCAUCUGUUUAUCUCUUUCUCAUACCUCAUUUACGUGGGAGCCUCGAUCUGCCUUUUUAACGUGAGCCCGCGUUGCUCACCUUUGGCGCCGCCACUCCCGUUCUUAAAGAUCAAUCAGCUGUAAUUUUUUCUCUGAUGGCCACUGGCCACGGUAGCGUUCAUAUUCUUCCGAUUAGCAAUUGUAUGUAGAGGAGAGUUGUGAUGGAAAGCAUGUGUGUGUUUGCCAUGACGACGCUGUAAAAACCUGAAACACUUAUUUCUAGGGGGGUUUCCACUCCAAAAUGGAAGUGG